CAAGACUACUUGGCAUUAAAGACGGCUGGUGGUAGGAGCUGCGGACACUCGUUUCCAGAAGCUACUGUUCACUUGCUGCCGCCAACAAAUUUAGUGAGGGUAGAGCAAAGGGGAAAACCCAAAUCUUUGACUGAAUGGUGACGGUUUGGAUCUGAACCUUUUUCUUCCAACCCUUCUGCCAGCUCUGAGCCUCAUUGAGCUCUUCUCUACCGAAAGCAACUCCAACUGAAAGUUUUGUCACAUUUGGACCCGUUAGCUCUGCAUCAGCUUGAAUAUAUUUGAAGGAGUAUACACUGCAGAAAAUAAACAGCAGAGAUUUUCUUGGAUACUUCUGUGUGACAACAUGGCAAAGAAAAACAGCCAAAAAGAUACAUCCGGAGUGGUGUUUGAUACCCGUUCAAAAAUGGUCAUGUCCCAGGGUGGAACGGCUGAGAGGAUGAAGGAGAAGAUCAGUGCUGUCAGGGCGGUCGUCCCCAACAAAAGCAACAAUGAGAUUGUGCUGGUGUUACAGCAUUUUGAGAACUGCGUCGAUAAGGCCGUGCAGGCUUUUUUAGAAGGCAGUGCAGCUGAGAUCCUGAAGGAGUGGAAUGUCACUGGAAAAAAGAAGCCCAAGAAGAAAAAGAAGCCCAAACCUCAGCCAGAAGCCCCAGCAGAACCUGCUCCACCUGAGGCCACAUCGCCCGAAGAGGGCAAGGACGAGCUGAAUGGCUUUCAUGCCAACGGCUCAGUAAUGGACGGAGAGUCUCUUGAUUCGCUGAGUGAACACCUGGACUCUGCCUCCCUGGAUGCAGCCGAGCUGGACUCUGAACCUGCUACAUCCGAAACCACCGGUGCAGAAGCAGAAAGUCAAGGUAGUGCUCCAAGUCCCACCUCUCAGCCAGGAGGAAAAAAUCACCAGGCUCCCAGAGGCAAUAAGUCACGACAAAGGCCAAACUCAAAUUCACAUCAUCCCCCUGCCUCAUUAGCAUCCAACACAGAUGAGCAAGGAUCAUCAGGAGUAAAGAAGAUGGCUUCCAACAUCGACCGCUCUGUGAAGGACCUGCAGAGAUGUACUGCAUCACUGACUCGCUACAGGAUGGUGGUCAAAGAGGAGAUGGACUCCUCAGUAAAAAGGAUGAAGCAGACAUUUUCUGAACUACAGAGCUGUUUAAUGGACAGAGAGGUGACUCUGCUGGCAGAAAUGGACAAAGUGAAAGCUGAUGCCAUGAUGAUCUUGGACGCCCGGCAGAAGAGAGCAGAGGAGCUCCGGCGGCUGACAGAUAAGUCGGCAUCCAUGUCAGAGGAGCAGCUGACUGAACUGCGUGCAGACAUCAAGCACUUUGUGAGCGAGCGUAAAUACGAUGAGGACCUUGGAAAAGCUCUAAGAUUUACGUUUGAUCUUGAACCGCUGAAGACGAGCAUUGCAGGGUUUGGAUCAGUUUACCACCCACGUACAGGCUACUCAAACCGAUCCCGCUGUAGCUCCACAUCAUCUUCUGUCGCCAGCCCCACCCUGCCGGAGACGCCUGCUCCUACCCAGAUCCAGAGCAACCACCCAAGUGAAACCCGUCCUCCACCAGCCAAACAGAUUUUCCAAGGAAACAGGCGUACCUUCCACGGACAAGGUUAUCACACAGGUGGUCAGCGGUAUAACGGUGGUUCCUACAAUGACAGGAACGCUGGUCGUGCAAACCACCGCCAUCAGAAUGAUGGUGCCUCCUCUGGGCCUACAUCACAGCACUCUAACAACUCAAGAGGUCCCUCGCAUUCCUCCACAUCCUCUCACAACCAAGACCGACCCUCUCACAAUGGGCUUCCCCAAAGGGUUCCACGAACACUUGGUCCUUGACAUUUAAAAAAACAAAAAAUCACAAGCUCAAUCAAACCCAUCAACUAACCCUUGACCUCCUCCUUCUCUCCACAUACCCUUCCCCAACCCUUCACCUCCUCCCCACCUACUAACUCCUUUUAAUGAAGAAUAGAAUACAAGUUUACAUAUUUCCGUCAGUUGAGCUGUAGUGCCGCCUCGCCACAUCAAUCAAUUCAUCCUUCAAACUUGAAAAGCGCUCACUGUUCUGUAAUCGCUCUUCCUCUUUCUUUUCUCGCUCCUGAUGACGGUUAACAGUUUCUAUCUUUAGGCCCCUUUUGAGAGAUCUUACUGUCAUGCUAUCGUCAGUCUCUGAUAUUAGUUUUUGCAGUUAAAGCAGACUGCCAGAGACUGACAUGAUUACCUGCAACAAUUUGUGCACUAUUGAAGUUGAACUCUUAGUACUUUUUCUAUUUUUACUGUGGCUUUGUCAGCUCUCUGAUUCGAACCUCAGAUCUUAUUAUUCUGCUUGUCUCCCAGAACCAUUUCAAUACCUUCACCACGGAAAGCGUUGUGAAAGUGUAAAAGCAGUUCUAGCAUUAGCUGGGAUUUCUGAAGAGUAGACAUGCAAUCAACACUACAAACUGUCAUUAAUCAUUGCAAGGUAAAGAAAAAAGAGACAUAUCAAACUGUAAUCCAGAGCUUUUUGUACGGCUGCUACAAACCAUAGGGAACUUGUUAACGCUAGGACUUGGCUGUAUUGAGAGUAACACUGUGGACACAGAUGUUACCCUUUUGAAAGGAGUAGUUUAACAUUUGUCAGUGCGCUUUCCCUCACUCUUUGCUCUGAGUUGCAUAAGUAGAUUAACACACGUGUACACUAAAUAUGAAUCUGGCAGCUGAUUAGAUUAGCUUGGUGUGAAGGCUGCAGAAGGAGAGUAACGGCUUUGGCUGUCUUAAUGUGGCAAACUGCACCUCUAAAUUCAGUAAUUCACACAAUCUUUUCUGGGUUUUUGCACAAAACUGGGAUUUUUCUGGGGGGUCAAGUUUGAGGCUAGCUGUUACUCAUUUCUGGCUUUAAUGCUGAACUGAUUGGCUGCUGCUUGUAGUUCCUUAUUUAAUUUAAGCACAAGUGUGUUAUCUACCUUCUCAUCUGACUCUGCAUGGAGGUGAUAAGUGCCUAUCCCAGUGUCAAAUGUCAAACUACUCCUUUUUAAUAUUGCCUAAGGCAGUGAUGUAUCGCCCUCCCACUGGCUGCCGGAGUUAUCAUGUGUGCUGUUUUUUGUUUUUUCUUAGCUAGCUGUCCAUCGUUUUAUAACAAAGAGGGCUCAUUACCUUUUGUAGAAUAAUGUUAAAUAUGUAAAAACUCUCAACAAAGGAAAACUCCUUUGUGGUGCACAUGCUUUUUCAUAGUUCUGAACAUUUAUUCACAGGCCGUUUGUUCUUUGUGUUUUUUCUUGUUAUAUGCACACGAAUGGCAUAUUAAUGUCGUGCUUGCCUUUAGUCACAGACUUCACAUUUGCCUUUCUAGAAACAUGGAUGUCUGCAUCAUGAUGGCUUUGUAAACAGACGGUACUCAUAGAGCAGAUAUGUGAUUUAUGAAUAUGUGCAAAAACAAAGUGUAGGAUCUAUUCUUCCCCUUUUCCUGCCUGACUGAUAUAGAUAUCAGCCAUUCACUGAUUUAUGGAUAUUGGCAUGUAUGCUGUGUGAUACGGAAACUCUUUCUUUUUUUUCUUUUCUUCUUCUUCUUGUUUUUUGUUUUUUUUUUUGUUUUUUUUUUUUAAAAACAACAUAAUGCAGAAAAAAGAUGCUUGGGGUACGAGAAUUAAAAGUUUGUCCAGCAGUGUGACUCCAUUGUUUACAAAACUCUCAGCAGUGACUGCUGCACCGCUGAGAAGAUGGAGGUGUGGAGUCGAGAAGUGUCUUCACAUUAAGUUACGACCUAGUUUGUGAAAUACAUUACUGGAAACUUAAUAAUGACCCCAGUAUUUUCAAUUUCAGUAGAUCCCAUAUUCUGUGUAUGGUUAUGAGUGUGUGUGUGUGUGUAGGGGGUAUUGGCUGAUAUAUCGAUAUCUAGCAUCAGUUGGCUCUUCUUUUUAUGUCCACUCUGUGCAUCUAUGGAAGUAAAAUUGAGUAAACUGAUGAAUGCAUUGGAGGGUUGUAUUGAUUUCUUAGAUCUCUUUUUUUCUGCCAAGUAGCUGCUGCUGUUGGGGCUCAAUCUCAUCGUAGUGCCCAGGUUGUGAACAAAAAGCUGGCGAAUACCUCAUCGCUCAUCCUUCGGCACUGCCUGUUUCGAAGUCAUUCUCUCACAGUGGGCUCUUAGUUUGGGACAUGGACCCCCUCGUGAUUCCUCUUCUUAUAAUCCUGUAGUUAAUGUACAUAUGAAAGGCUGUAGUGGAAAAUCGGUUGUUACAUUAUUGCUGCAUCUUCUUCAUAACAUGUUGUCUUCCUUUGAGCAGAUUUUUUUUUUUUUUUUUUUUAAAGGGGGGUUGUUUUGUGGGUUUUUGUUUCUUAAAAGGGUUUCUGGGCAUAGGGAGCUUUUUUCCUGCCCCAUUGAGAUUAACACUCUUUACGUAAGUAGUUAAAUUAGUGAGUAUUUGUGGAGAAAAGAAUGCAAACUGGUUUCUGAACUUUGGCAGAUGUUUUCUGGCUUGUCUUGAAAGGAUGAUUUAGCGUUAUGGGAAAUGAGCUUUUAGCUUGUUACAGUAAGACCAAACUAUCUGGAAGAAUGAGUUAGCUUGGUCUGGCAUCAAGCCAGGAAUUGGGUAGAUUCCUUUCACAUUAAACGGGCCCAGAUUGUGGGUUGUUUUUUGUUGUUGUUUUGUUUUGUUUUGUUUUUUUCCCUCCUAACAUUUUUUUUAAGACAGCUGCUUCGGGAAGAGAAAAAACUAGCAGUUUUUGCUUUUUAUGCCAGGUGCUUUUUUUUUUUUUUUUUUUUUACUUUUAUUACAGCAUUAAGGUUGCUUCUGUGUCUUUUCAAUUAUAUUUCCAUUCUUGCUCCUUGGGACCACUGGGUGGAAAAAUAAACAACCACUGCAACUGUGGCCCUGUGCAGCAGCAGUAGUUGCAGUGAGUGUUUCCAGUUUUCUGGUCUCAGGAGGGCAGUAAUGAACCACCCAUCUGUUUAAAAGCAGCUCUCAGGUGGGUUUUUGUUUUUUUGUUUUUGUUUUUGUUUUUUUUUUAACUUGUAUCCAUCCUAGACUACCGUAAAAAAACUUUUCAUUUCCAGUGUAACUAAAUUGUCUGCUAAGCACCUCAAUAACAGAAAUCACAGCUGCAUAGAGCUGCAAUAACAGAGUCACUGGAUGCAUCUGUCACACUGCUUAUGAGCUAUCCUAUUGCAGCUGUGUAAAGUAACAAACUAGAAUCGUUAAAUGAAGUAAAGUUAUGAAUCUAAAGUUAUUGUUUUUUUACAAAUGUUGUAAAUCUUUAAUUCGGGAACAAAUUCACCCCUUUUGAAUAUGGUUCUCUGGCAUGCAGCCUGACCCUGCAAAAUAGUCAUAUGUAAAUUUAAAAAAAUAAAUAAAUCUUCAAAACAUUUAAUGUGAUUUAUGGGCGUCAGAUGUGCUGAUUAGGUGCAUUGUGUUACAGCUGGAUAAAGCCAGACUGGCCUAUGCUAAGCAAAGCUAACCCUGUUCAGAUAGGCAAUUGCUCAUCCAAGCUUGCUGGAUACUCCAUAAGACGGCGAGCGCAUUUCCCAAAAUGUUUCCUUUUAAGUGCAUGCACAGCUGGUAGGGGGGUUAUAUCAUCACAAAGAUCUGUAUAGACUGAAGUUGUACCAAAAUCUGAGCCAGCUCAUCAACGACGGGCUGCGGUAUGAAGUGAUUUAAAGCUGCAGGACAAAUGCUAAACAAUUCAUUAAUUAUCUCAUCUGCAAAGUUGUCUGCCUUCCUUCAACCACCAUUUGUUUUACAUUCCUAACUGUAGGGAUAUUAAGUUAUCGCCAAAGAAACUAUCUCGUCCUGUGCAACUUUUCUGCCUGGGUUUUUUUUUUUUCUUUUCUUUUCUUUUCUUUUCCUCUGCCUGUAAAGAAUUCCCAAUGGGAUAAAUCCAACAAUUCACAUUCUCUUCUUUCUUUUUUUUCUUUUCAAUCCUGUUUCCUUACUGUAUAUACAUAUAUGUAGGUAUAUAAUUUGUGCUCACAUAGGGCAUUUUGUAUGUGAUAUUCAUAUUAGGCCUAAUGGAGGUUAAAACAUAAAGUUCAUUAAUUUCUUCCAGUAAACCCUUUGUCCAUCUUCUCAAAAACCUUUCUGAGACAACUGUAAACUCAAGUGCCUUUUUCUCUUUUCCCACUGAUUUAUCAAAGUCCCCUCCACCAGAGUAUGGACCAAAGACAUCAACCGUCCCCGACUGCCCAGCCCUCUUUCUCCCUCUCUCACUGAAUGGCACACUUUCCAUUUACUACAAAUAAACAGUUUGCAAUA